AACGAUGGCUCAGAUUGCAGUGGGUCACAGUCAGGGUCACGGCACCAGCACCGAUUGCUGCGACAUGGUCUUACCUUAUCAGAGACAGAAGCAAAAAGACAAAAGCAAGAGGUGAAGAAAAAGAGAGAAAGAGAAGUCCAAGAAUCAGAAUGUGUUAUUGUGAGUAGUGAUGAAACAAGCGUAUCGAGCGGCAUGUAUGAUGAACUCAGCCAUUCAGAGUGUGAGGAAAUGGGGUCCCAGUCGCCCACUCAUAAUGAGGAGUUUCAGAGUCCAUUGCGCACACCUGACAAGAGCACCACUGCUAAUAAUGAUGUCUCUCCAACCACUGAGGAGCAUUUGAGGGGCACCCCUCGGGGGCGGAGGCAGAUCAGACGGCUUCUGGAGGUGGAUCAGCUGGCCCAGGAGACACAGAGCGCUCUGAAAGAAGAGGAGGAGCGCAGGAGGAGAUUAGCAGAGAGAGAAAAUCUGAGAUUGGAAAUUGAGAGGAGAGAACGAGAAGAUGCAGACCCAGAGGUGAUGAACUUCAUGGUGUCAUAUUCUGUUCUGAUUUGUAAAUAUUAA